GAGCAACACGAAGACAGACACAGAGAUGCUACUACUAGUGCUCCUACUAGUACCCUAGGGAUCGUUUCUCUCGGAUUUCCUUGGGCUGGCUUCAUGAUCCGGAUCCAUCAACCGGAGUUGUUACUGCCACCACCACCACCGCCCCUUCUCGAAAAUCACGGCCAACCUCCAGCCUUGCUCUUGUUUUUCGCUCAACGAGUUCAUCGCAAUCGGCCCCUUGGCCUAGCCUAAUCAUGGCCAGUGAGGUCAUUACGCUUGACUCCGAUGAUGAGGACGCCUCUGCCUCCACAUCGGCUAUGCCCGCCAUGCCCGCCAUGGGCUUCAAUCCGGCCAAUUAUACUGAUCUAUUGACGCCCAUGACGGCACGCGCUUCCCCGUCCCUCCCUGCCAAUGCCCGGGGGCGGGGAAGAGGGCGGGGUGGUCCAUCGGCACGAGGCAAUGCCACCAAACGACCCGGUCCCAUGCCACCCUUUGCCGUGUUUGCUCAGGAUGAACGGCCCAAAUUGCUGCAAAGACAGCCCAACUUAUCGUUUGUGGAUUGCAAUCGUCUCUUGGGCGAACUUUGGCAUGAGUUGCCCGAGGUCAAGAAGAAGCUCUAUCGAAUCAAGGCCAAGAAGAUCCAGGAUUCUCGUCUCCAAGCCUGGUGUCAGGUCCAACAAGCUCAACGGGGCGGUCUGGCUCGGACGGCCUCGAGUAAUGGGCCUGAACUUCGAAGCCAGUCGAUUGCACCGCGACAGAGCCGCACCCACGGGUUCGCGGUGUUUGUGUCCGAGAAGAAGGCCGAGUACGCCGGUUCAGAUCAGAGCCCAAGGGACAUGACCAAAGUCAUGGCUCAAGCUUGGCGCAAGUUGUCCAAGUUGGUUCGACGGGAUUACGACAAAAGAGCGGCUCAGAUCAAUGCCAUGGCUGAUGUAAACUAUAUUGAGCAACUGAAGCGACUCAAUCGGUUGCGACAUCCUGGUCAAACUGAACCCGUAGCCCCGGCUCCCUUGAAGAUUGCUUCCAUCACGUCGAUGUCGCCCAAGCCGCUUUCACCCGCACCUGCUAAUCCGGCCUUGAAGUUACCCAGUAGUAUAUCCAUUUCACGGGUGGAGCCCGAAGUCACCGUGGUGGCUGAAUCCAGUCCCAGUAUGAAGUCUUUGGAACAACUCCGGGCCAACCAUCAGUUAUCCGUGACCAAAGGCACCAGAAGUUCCACCACCCCUAAACUGCCCUUGCUUCAACGUGCACCGGAGCUGUCGAUACGAGGUGGUCGACCUCUCGCCCGGGGCGCUAAAUUUGUUCAAAAUAGAAGACCUGUGCCUCCUGUUCUCCCUAGUGCUUCGCCCAUUUAUCCCGUUCCCGGGCGCCUUCCUUCGGCCAGUCGUGGCGCCCCUGGGGGCUUGAAACGGCCCAUGCGAGGGUCGCUUCAGGCUCCACCCGCCAAACAGUUCCGGAAAGGCUUUUAUCCCCACCAAGCUAGUCCUACCGAGUUUGGAUUGCCCAUCAAUAAUCGAAACUUGAGCGCCCAUGAUACCCUCUGCCGAUUGUGCGGAGUUUUUCUAUCUCGGGCAGAACUGGUCUUCACGUUAAGUGACAAACCGGUCAUGCUCAAAAUGAUCGAGGACUGCUUGGGCCUCACCAUCAUCCCGGACCAAGAUCGUGCCGUGAAGCUUCCCAAUGUGGUGUGCAACAAGUGCUGUAGUUCCAUCUGUGCGUUUAAUAAGUUUAAAGUCAGCAUCGUCCAGGGUCUGGCCAAGCUCAAUCGUUUGGUCGAGAUUCGGAAAUCUCGUCAAUCACAUCAUCAGCAACAGAAACAGUCACAAUCCAUAGAGCAGCCCAACCACUCUGAAGAAUCGAUACUACCCGACUUGAACACUGAUGAUCUUGAGGCAAGUAGCUCGUCGUCCAAAUUGAGCUCACUGAUCAACGUCAAGGACGAACCUUUAGAUCGUGAAGAGCAUGAGACUGUUGAUCAAAGGUGUAAAAGGUCACCCAAAGAGGAAAGUGUGAAACUGGGUAACGGAGUCAUCAAGAGCGAGACGAACGAGAAUAAAGAAGAAGAAAAAGAACACGGAUACGGAUACGAGAAGAGUGCAGAAAACGAGCAGGCCAGCACCAAUGGUACCGAUCCCUUGAAUUUCUUCCAGAUCGGUGAAGCCCAUAGUAUUGAUCAAUUUGACAACACGGAUGACGAAUCAAAUGGGGUUUCUUCAAAUUUUGCGCUUCGAGACCAUUCCGAAUCCAUGAACAUGAUGUCUGAGGAAGAUUCACAGCAUGCACUAGUCUCACAAAAUAACGAGGAGAAUCAAGGGGAACAUCGGUCCAAAGGAAGUGAAUCUCAAGAGGACGAGGACGAAUUUGACGGCGGCGAAAAAACUUACAGCGAUCACCCAGACAACGGACAAGAAAACGAAGAGGAUAACGGUGGUGAGAACGGGGACGAAGAGGCAGACCCUCAAGAGCACUACGAAACCGAUCCACACAAUAUCCAAGACGAAUUUGGACAAGACAAUGGCAACGGAAAAGAAUUCCUAACCAAUGAUGAAGAGGAUCAGGACUAUCAGGAUGAUCAAGAAGAGCUAGAAACAGGCGACGAAAAAUGCCUCGACGGGCAAUCGAGUCAGAAUGAAGACGCCGAUCCACUCGAUCGAGCUGAGGGUUCUGAGAAAAACGGCAGUGAGUUUAAAAAUCCAUUGGAACCCAAAGCUCGUGCGAUUAGUCAAGACACAGACGAUCAUUCUACCGCGGAUGAAUCGCAAGAUGAAGACAAUUCGGGGAGCUCAACAGAGUCACAAAGUGAGGACACAUCAAGUGGGAGUGAUCAUAGUGGUAAUAUACGUGCCAGUACUGACGGAAGCACGACCACGUUAGAUGACGAUCAUGAACCAACCAAGGACAUAGAGGCAGAAGGAAUUGCUCAAGGUCAGAAUCCUGUAGAGGAGCCCAUCACGAACCAAUCCUUAGGGGUUGAUGAGGUGAUGGAACCUGUGGUAGGAGAAAAUGCCGUGGGGGCUCAAACCAAUCCGGAGUGUUUGAAUGAGUUGGAGGGAAAAUUGAGGUCACUCUCUCCUGAGGACCAAUUAGCAACGGCCAUCAAUAGCAUUCAAAGCGAGGAAUUCAGUUGCAAACCCCGACCAAUCGAGAGGAAUUCCACGGACAGCCUCAACCUUCGAGAAGAAUUACCUCCAGACGAAUUACCCCCUCCGUGCCAGGAAAGUGAAUCUGCCGUUGAAGCUAUUCUAACGUGAUACUUAAGCUCCUAAGUUCUUACGAUCAUUACAGUUCAUAUAUUUGUCCCGUUUAUAUGCUACAAGUUAUAAAUAUAUUCUUGUAGAGCACGCAA